CCUAUUGAUUUUGUGCGCUCAGAUCGCAAAGUGACUUCAAGCAGGAGCAUAUUCUUCUGUGUUUGCUCCAGUGAUAACCUUUACCCUGCGCCUUUGGCUCGGAGAACAAUUGUUUUUUAAGGAAACUGUAGUUUCCCAUCACUUGAAAGUGCAACUAACAGGAAAUGAUUCUUUUUGGGAUUAUCUGACAUGGCAAGGAUAUCGUCCAUCCUCGCUAAAAUCAUGCUUUUCAGAGUACUGGUUUUAAUCCUCUUACAAGGUGUGUUGACGUCUGACGAUACAGUGGUUAGAUCAGAGGCCAGCUCUGGAGGUCUGCCACACUCAAGCGGGCUGCUUGGCUCCGGGGAACCCGCGCGUCUGAAGCUGUCUGCGGGUGCGGAGACUAAGUCCAGACCCAAGCGCUGCACCUGUUAUUCCUACAAGGAUAAAGAGUGCGUCUACUACUGCCAUUUGGAUAUCAUCUGGAUCAACACUCCCGAACGCACUGUGCCCUAUGGAAUGUCGAGCUACCCAGGUCCGCAGCGAACCAGACGUGCGCUCGCCAGGCAACAGACUGAGCGUUGCAUGUGUGCGCGUGACACAGACCUCAAGUGCCACGAUUUCUGUCUGACGAGUGUUCUGAAGACAGUGCCACCCAGGAGUCUCCACAGAGUUGCUGGCCCUGGAUGACAGAUUGAUGACUCUACUCUAAGACUUGGGGCAAAGGACCCUUCACUUCAGUCCUGGCCCUUCACUCACUGUUUGACACUGUUGCUGCUACAGGUUCUCUCACAGUUAAGGGGAAACACUUUGGGAGCAUGUUUCAUCAUGACCACUGGGUUUCUAAAACUCCUCAGUAUAUUAAGUCAAGAUCCCUGGAGGCGAUCCCAUCUUUGUUCCCUUGUGAGAGCGCGUGAGGAUUAUCUGCUUCAUAACGCCACAUAAUACAAUAACCAACAACUUUUCUCAUGUCGACUUUGAUUAGACAAAUCGUUUUUAUUCAUACCCGAUAAAAAGAGUUUUAUGGACUACAUUUGACUCGUCAAACAUGUGUCAACCUAAAAUAGACAUUAGUUUUACCUCUGCAAUAAUACAGGAAAGCAUUUGAGAAAAACAUUUUAAGAUUAUUCUGCUUGUUGGUGUUGAAUAAUUAACAUUUUCCUUCUCUCUUCUAUAGGUCAGCAUAGUGUCCUACUGAAACAAAUUGUUACCUAAUUAACAAAAUGAUGUGGUUCACUAUAGUAUUUAAAUAAAAACUAUACCACAACCCAGUUAACGAUGUAACACUUUAGUGCAUGAUAUAACAUUUCUGACUACUCUUUAGUGCCAUUUCUGUAACAUCGGGGGUUUUGUUGUUGUUUUUUUUUUUUUAAAUGUUAACCAGCAAUUUCAAGAGACAUCUGUGACAUAAAGGAAUCACAACUUCACUUCAUGCAUAUGUUAUUUUAUAAAUCUAAAAUCAAGUGACCCUUCCGUGGGUCCUAAGCCAGCCAAUGACUUCUCUAGAGAACAAAAAAAAAGGGACAAUGAAGUAAGCAGACAAGUAAUUGUUGAUGCCGUUGAUGCUGUUCACUGAGACAUAAGGCUAUGACUUUUUCCCUCCAUCGGGGUCUGUCCUGUGCCAGGGUGUUAGCUGCUUGCCAGGAGAGCCCCUUGGUCACCAGGUCAUCUGUCACAGUUCUUCUCCAUGUGGUUUUUGGUAUUCUGUCAUCAGGCAUUCUUAGUACAUGCCCUAGCCAUUUCAGUCUUCUGCUGGUAAUUUCUGUUGCUAGCCUUCUACAACUGGUUUUGUUAUGGAGUUCCUCAUUUUUGAUUUUGUUGGGCCAGAAGACGUCGCAUAUCUUACGGAGACAGUUGUUGUUGAAUGCAUCAAUCUUUCUCAUAUCAGUCUUUGUCACUCUCCAACUCUCCGCACCAAAUAGAACAACUGAUUUGACAUUACUGUUGUAGAGUCUAAUUUUAGUCUUAAGACUAUACUGUUCGACUGAAGGAACCCCAGGCUUUAUCAAGGCGGAUUUUAAUGUCCUUUUGUGCACCAUCUGUUGUACUCAUAACAUAACAAUUCCCAGGUAAGUGAAGACACCUACACCCUCCAGGGGCGCUCCAUCUAUACUGAUGGGAGGGUUUGUAGAGGUGUUUAGUAUGUACAUGACUUGUGUCUUCUUCUUAUUUACACACAAACCAGUUUGUUUCCCCCGAUCACUUAAGCGGUCAGUUUUUGCUGGGGUAGUUUGCGGAUGGAUGCAAGGACAGCCAGGUCAUCGGCAAAGUCGAGGUCCUCAUGGUACAUGUCAUGGGGAAUUCCAUUCGAUGCACUGUUGCAAGAUGAUCCUCAAGGCAAAGUUAAGGUUAUGGUAUUCCAUGUUGUUUCUACAAUGUCGUGUUCUCUUUCAUCUUCUCGGAUGUCCAGGGCUUUGAAGCGAUUUCUUAGCUCAGGGCAAAUUCAUGUCUGGUUUCUGGGGUACGCAGUUUGUAUAUGUCAAAUACCUUGCGUCGUUGCUUGAUGGAGGGUGUUGCUCUCAACUUCAGUCUAACCUUGGUCUGUUGUGGGAUUUUACUAAUUUCUCCUUGUAGUUGCUCGUACCAGUCAUCUUUAAUCUCAUCCUCUGCUUCUUUCGUAGGGGCAUAACAUUGUAAUACAGUUUGUUUGCAGAAUCUUGAAUCGAAUCUGGCUCUUGUUAGUCUGUCGCUGAUGGGUUCCCAUUCAAGGAGUGCUUUUGUUGCUUGUUUGUUUAAUAUGACGGCUACACCAUUAGCAUGCUGGUUGUCUUUACCAGAGUAUAUGAUGGUUAGGCCCUCUGAGAUUACGUUCUGAACCAGUCCAUCUGCAUUCACUUACUCCAAGCACACAUCGAGGUUGUAGUUCAGCAUUUCUCUGCUUACUUGGGCUGUCUUUUCGCACAUAGUGCGAACAUUCCAUGUUCCAAUCCUGAUGGUACGUUUAGGGCCAAGGAGACUCCGCUUCAGGCCUGAGGUAGUCUUUCAUCAGGAGCUGUCAUGGUGCCUGCUGCUGCUAGGCUGGAGCGUCCUGUCAGGCCCUGGGGUCUCCUGGGUUGAUAAGACAUAGUUUCAGUAACAAGAAUUGUUUCACGGUGUGAGGUUGUUGGCCUACCCCGAACCUGGAGGGCCAGGUGCUGACUUUUGUCUGUCCUCUCGCCUGUAACCUGCCCGGCAUGAUUGCACCUGCCGGGGGCCUAGGUCUAGAACCUGCCAAGGACCUAGGUCUAGGGCCCUGCAGGUAUAGCUCACAGGUUCCUUGAGGCACUCAAGCCUCCCCACCGUGUCAAGGUAGCAGCACAGGGUUCACUGAGAGCUUUGACAUAAAUGAUUUGGCACAAUGAAAGAAUAAAAGAGACUUGUUGUAGGUGGUCAUUGUUGCCUUUGUGCAUGCUGCAACUUGGUUUGAAAUACAUUAGCAUUCUUGCAGUUUGUCUGUGCAUGUGUCUUGGGGUGAAUGUGACAGACAGAGGGAGAGGGAGAGGGAGAAAGAGCGGAGCGACAGAGGUGGGCAGUAGGUGUGAAGUGUAUAAUUUAGUUUAUUGUGACCUCACAGAAAUCAUAGUUAUGUUGUGACAGAAUCCAGUGGCAAAGCUCCUUCCUAAGAAAAUUUGGUCACAAAUGACGCGUUGCAUUCUCACUUUGUACAGUAUGUAUACUAUGUAUGUAUGUACAUUCAUAAAUGUUUAUGCAUCAAAUCAUAAUGGAAUAAUAUAAAGGGAAUUUAACUGGAGGUGGGGGACUAAGCUGUCAACUGUAUGAAAAAAUGUGUCAGAAUUUGUGCUGUCCUAAUAUUUAUAAUUUGUUAAUAGUCACUUUCCUGUAUGUUACCAGAUAUAGUAAUAUGCUAUUGAGUCUAUGUAACGUGUAAUUUAACGUGUACUCCUAGAAAUGUCUGCUGACUUUAUUAGGCACUUUUGUUUUAUGUGCCUGUGAAAAUGAUUGUGAGCACACAAUGAUUCUUUCUGGCGACCAUUGACCAUCCGUUUUGGUCAAUUUCCGUCUCGUACAUGACCUGUUCUCCAUGGCAAGGAAAUAAGUCAUUAUGUGCCAAUAUCUGGUUUGUCAAAUGCACCGCAAGUUACAAGGUCACUUCGUUUUUUUUUUCAUUUUUUUUAAUCAAUAAACACAAAGUUAAAGUUGCCUUUUAUAUUAAUUGUACAUCUCUGUUUGUUUUAUGGUCUUUUCCAACAUAACAUAACAAUAUACUUUCCUUAUGUCAUAUUUGCCUGCAAUUUACAUCCUACUGGUGUAAAGUCACCUCAGUGCAAGUAAAGUAAAAAGAGAUUGGUUUUAUACGUGGGGAGGUACUUUUAGCUGCACAGCUGGGUAGCCUGGGGUGUUAGUGUUUCUUGGGUGUGUAUAAGGUCAACUGCAAUGACUUGACCCUUGUUUUCCCAAAAUUGUUUGCUUAGGGACAUUGGAGUAUUAGACAUAUUAAUGUAGCUGGGUUGAAUUUAAGUCCAGACCCCAUUCUCUUAUUGAGUUAUAUAAGCGUGCUUUCAAUUUUCAAGACUAUACCUCUUUAUUACCUUUUUAUUACUCAUUACAGAUGAGUAUUACUCAGAGCACUUGACAUAAAUCUGUGUCAAAGCACAUAGAAAAGAUCAGAGGGUGAGAAUUUGCACCUCAUUGUGUGAUCACAAUUUAAUAAUCCUGUUAUCCUAAGAUAAGGUUGCUUUUGUACUUGAUAAUACCUUUCCCUUAUCAUACAAAACCGAUAAUUAGUUGUAAAGGGUUCAUUUUCUUGUUAAAUUAAGGAAAAUAGGCUUUUGUUAUCUUAACUUGGUAUAACAACAAACCUACUCAUCAUGAGAUCGCAAUAUUAAUUCAGUUAAUUACAAGAAUUGCAAGGUUUUUUGGGGGUCUGCAUUACUGGGAUUAAAUAUUACCCAUGACUUA